CCCCGGGCGCGCAGGUGCCGCUUGGGGCGGGAUGUCCGCGGUGCCAUGGCGGGGGCUGCGAGGGACACCCCGGCGGGCGAGCAGGAGGGGUACAGGCUCUCCAUGUACAGCAAGCUGUGCUAUGCCAUAGGAGGUGCCCCAAACCAAGUGGCAGGGAGUGCUGCUUCUUUCUUCCUGCAGAUCUACCUGCUAGACAUAGCCCAUAUUACUCCAUUUCAUGCCUCUUUGGUGCUCUUCAUUGGCAAAGCCACAGGUGCAGUUACUGAUCCUGUUGCUGGUUUUUUUAUUAGCAAAAGUAGAUGGACAAAAAUUGGCCGGCUCAUGCCUUGGGUGCUGGCAUGUACACCCUUCACAAUAGUCUCCUAUUUUUUUAUGUGGUACCUGCCUCCAUUUGUAUCAGGAAGAGUUGCUUGGUAUCUGACUUUCUACUGCCUUUUCCAAGCACUGACCACAUUAUUCCAAGUACCAUAUUCUGCCCUCACCAUGUUUCUCAGCACAGACCAGAGGGACAGAGAUUCUGCAACAGCAUACCGAAUGACCAUGGAAGUACUUGGGACCUUGAUUGGAGCUGCACUUCAGGGGCAGAUUGUGGCCAGUGCUCAUGUCUCUCCCCACUGCACUGUGAAUCUCUCAGUAAACACCACGGACUCCUGGCAUGACACCCCCACCAUCCCAGACCCCUCAGAUGCACUGUCUCAUCAAGCAAAAGUUUACAUGAUUGCAGCAGGGGUCAUAGCAGGUGUGUAUCUUCUUGGAACUGUCGUUCUUUUUCUCGGAGUAAAGGAAAGGGAUGAUCCUUAUGCCCUAAAUUCAGACAGAGCAAUUCCUUUUUGUAAGGGGCUUGCACUUACCAUGAAGCAUGGUCCAUAUGUGAAGCUUACAGCUUCAUUUCUUCUCAUCUCGACAGCAGUUCAGCUGGAGCAGGGAAACUUUGUCCUGUUCUGCACUCAUGCUGCUGGCCUCCGCAAUCACUUCCAGUAUUUGGUGGUGACCAUCCUGGUAUCAGCAGUUGUGAGCGUUCCCUUCUGGCAGAAGUUCCUGCAGAGAUUUGGCAAGAAGUGUGCAGCAUGUGGGAUUUCGUGGAUGAUUCCUUUUGCAGUCAUGCUAGUGACCAUUCCAAACCUGAUCCUGGCUUACUUCGUGGCCUUCGUCUCUGGUCUGAGCAUUGCAGCAUCUCUUCUGUUGCCAUGGUCAAUGCUGCCUGAUGUUGUUGAUAACUUUCGCCUGCAGAAUCCCCAUGGGAAAGGACAUGAAACCAUUUUCUAUUCUUCUUAUGUUUUUUUUACCAAGAUGUCAGCAGGAAUUGGCUUAGGAAUUUCUGCAGCAGGACUGGAGUUUACUGGAUACAAGCCAGGGAUAUGCAGACAGUCAGAUGAUGUGAUCCUCACACUGAAACUCCUCAUUGGAGCAGUCCCUGCCAUCCUCAUCCUUUUAGGUUUGUUUAUACUCCUUUUCUACCCAAUCACUGAAGAAAGUCGGAAAGAAACAAAGCUUGCCCUUGAAGAGUUAAGGAGGAGCCAUCAAAGCACAGAGAACUUGGACAGCCACAAAAGGGACACCUCUGUCUGAAAGCUCUGAGUGCAGUGGCUUUCUAAAUACAGACUCACAUCCCACCAACAAACUCUGUGAGAGUCUUCCAGGUCAUUUCUCUGCUCACAUUUUAUCAAAAAGGACAAAGGAUGAUUCUGACAUAGCCAGUAAUGAAACCAAGAGAUGACACCAUUGUGCAAAUAUACACCUGACUCCAUGCACUGUGCUAAAAAAGACAUUACACAUGUUCAGAGAUGCCAGCUGUUGAAGGCUUAGGGGUUUUUUGUUUGUUUUUCAGUGAUUAAUGGGAAGCUGUGAUCUUGUUCAUGGAAAAUUUCUUGCAUUUGUAGCUCAAAGGGAAAAAAUAAUUGUAAAUAUGACCAGAAGAGUUUUGAAGGUUCUGAGUUGGAGAAUACUCACAAGGGUCAUUGAGUCCAAUCCAUGAUGCACCAUCCAAAUAUUAACUCACAAUAUACUUCGCCUUUGGAAACUGGGGUAGCUUUUUGAGCACAAUCUCUGCCUGUAACUUGCACACUAUUGUGUUUGGAAAGCACUUGGGAACCUGAAGUAUACUAUAUAAAGCUGAGAUUUAUUUUGCUUCGAAAUGAAGCAAAUCACUAAUGUGGAUAUAUUUUGAGGAUUUUUUUUUUUUCAUUUUUUUGAAAGAGAUGUUGAGGUAAUCUAAGUUUAUAGACUUAAGAAAUAGAACCCUGCAUUUCCCAUGUUUCUUGCUUCUGAAACUUGUAAACUGGUAUCUGUCAGAGAAUGAGAACAUUUUCAAAAUCAACAUCUCCCCUGAGGAUAUGAAAAAUCAGUAGUCCCUUUUGAAAAUUAUGUAAUUCAAAGUUCUUUAAAUUUUGGCCUUUAAGUAAUCACCAUGUCCAUUUCUUACAUGGUGUAAGCUCUCUACCUCACAAAACACCACAGCACAGGUAUUAAUCUCAGCUUGCACCUAUUUUGCAAUACUGAGGCUACACCUGCCUUUUAAAUGGUGAAUUUUUUUCAGUCAGGGAUGUUAUUGUGCUUUAGAUACAUCAGCUGGAACCUCAUUUCUACUGUAGAUUUACAUUGUUGAGCACACUUUUUAAAUGAAAGACACACUUAACCUCAGGCACCUUUUGGAGCACUGAAGUUCAGACCUGUUCAUUCCUGGCUUCUGUGCAGGUACAGAGACCUCCAGAGAUUGGCUCCAUGCUUAAGCUAAAUUGACUGGACUCUGAAGAUGUAUCUAAACCUGGAAGGGAGAGUGAGGAAUUCAAGAGAUUUGUUCACCUUGAAGAAAUUAGCACAAGACAUGAACCUCCCCCUGCCUUCCCUGUGUGACUCUGAGAGUGCCUUUUUGCUGUACCAGAAGUGCCUUUGGAGGAUGGGCUUGCUGCUGUUCGGGAGCACCUGGAGGAAGUGGCCACCUGUAAUUUGCACCUGGGAAGUGGCUCACAGUGCUGGGACUGGAAAUUGGGAAAGAUUUUGCUGAAGGACACCAGGAUGUGAAGUCAGUGCAACCACAGAGUGUCUCAUUAAGUUUGAUACUGAAACCAUUCCAGGCAAGUUUGAAGUCAAAGGCCUUAUGAAUUGUCCUAAUUCCUCAAAAUGCUUAAUCAUGAGGGAACUUCUAAGGAGAUAUUUUGAGUGUGUGUGGGUAAUAGUUAACUGCAUUUAAGAUUUCUGUUUACUUGACAUCUAAGGCUGGGGUUUUUUGUUUUCUUCCUUGUUUCAGUUUUUGGACAAACCAAGAUAUGUAUGCCUGGGGCAUAUGUGUUUACAACAAUAAAAACCAUAAGCUUGUUUACAAUUUUGAGUCUGAUGGAAUUUGAAAUAGCAGAUUUACUGCACUUUGAAGUAGGUAAGUUAUGUAGCAAUAUCACAAAGCUCUAAAACAUUACAGAGACCAGUUUGGGGCAUUCGAUUUAUUCUGUAAUAUUUGUAUAUUUUGGAAUAGUCAUGUUUAAAAAUUACCAGAAGGCCCAGUAAAGGCUGUUAAUGUUUUUUAAUGUGUUAUGUUUUCAGCUACUAUAAAUCUGUAGCUACAAGGCAGUGGGUCUGUGUCAGUUUAUAUAAACUGAACACUUAGCCCAGUGAUAAAAGGGUGCAGAAACUGCUGGCUGGGGUUGAGUGGAGGCAUUUGAAUGGCUUAAGAUAUUAUUUCUAGAUCAGUUGUGCAGUUGCCUCCAAAAUUGCAUAACACUCAGUCUGAAUUCAGGCUCUUGGAAGGUAAACUUGUUUGAUUGCAAAUAGUUUUCUUUUUCUCCAGAGAGACAAUGUAAUCUUUAUCCCACUGAAAUGUACUCAGUCCUCACUUUGCAUAUGGUACCAGCAAUGGGAACUGCCAAAGCAAAAAAAAGCUUCUGUGGAUUAAGUGAAGCAGACUGUUUUUAUAUUUUGAAAAUCUCAUUCUUUUAUUUCAUUAUGAGAAAUAUAAUGUUGUUGUAAUUUUGUUGAGAAAAUGGGUCUAUUUUUGUAAAUCAGAAGAAUGGAGGAUUAAGUGCAGGAUAAGAUUAUUUUUAUAACUUUCUUUCUUAGGGCUCAAUAUUGGUGCAGUAAAAUGAAGGAUUUAUAUGUCUCUUGUUAGUUUUAAGUUGUGUGUAUGCCUUAUGCAUGUUCAGAGCAUGUGAC